AUGAGCUGGUUGGGGGUAACUCCCCGGGUGAUCAGCGCCGACCCUCUUCUCAUCGGAGAGGUCCUCCUGAACACGUACGGCCACAUCGGGAAGCCGAAGCGCAGUCCUCUUGGGAAGUUCCUUGCCGGCGGACUGGUAAGCUACGACGGAGAGAAGUGGGCGAUGCACAGGAAGAUCAUCAACCCUGCGUUCCGCGUAGAGAAACUGAAGGUUCUUCUCUGAGCUCCAGUUGAUUCUGCCAUUGUCUGCCAUGGAGCCCUACCGUCCUCACGACUGUUCUUCUUCGUCUUCGUCCCCAUUAUCGUCAUCUUCUUCUUCAUCAUCAUCAUCAUCUUCUUCUUCUUCUUCUUCUGAGAUCCCCUGUGCUGGGUCUCGCAGAAGAUGCUGCCGGGAACUGCUGCGCAGAUCUCGUGAGGCGGUGGGAGAGCCUUCUGGGUCCGGAGGGGAGCUGCGAGCUGGACGUGUGGCCGGAGCUUCAGAAGUUCACCAGGGAAGUCAUAUCCCUGGCGGCCUUUGGGAGCAGCUUCGAAGAAGGGAAACGCAUCUUCCAGCUCCAGGACGAGCAAACCGAGCUCGUCCUCCAAUCCUUUCAGAACUUUCAGAUCCCCGGUUACAGAUUUCUCCCCACGAAGAGGAACCGACGGAUGAGGGAAGUCGACCGGGCGGUGAAUGGCCUCCUCUGGGGACUAAUCGCUAGCAGAGAGAAGGCACUACGACAGGCGGCGACCGGCGCCCGGCGACGAGGACGACCUCCUGGGCCUGCUCCUGCAAUCCAACCAGGGAGGCUUGCCGGACAAGGGGAGAUCGAAAGGGGCGCUUUGGAUGACGAUGGAGGAGGUGAUCGAGGAAUGCAGACUCUUCUACUUUGCCGGGCAGGAGACGACCUCCGUCCUCUUGACCUGGGCCAUGGUUGCCCUAGGAAUGCACCCGAGCUGGCAAGACCGCGCCAGGGCAGAGGUUCUGCAGGUCUUCGGAAGGGAGAAGGCGGACUUCGACAAACUGAGCCAGCUGAAGAUUGUGGGCAAUAUUCCUCCUCCGUCAUCACCGAUCCCUCAUCAUCUUCCAAGUUCAGGCGGGUGAUCCCUCUCUCUCUUUCUUGGACGUUGCAGGUGACGAUGGUUGUCCACGAGGUGCUCCGACUGUACCCGCCGCUCUUGUCCCUCUCUCGGAGCACCCGCGCGGCGACGACGGUGGGAGAGUACAGCUUGCCGGCGGGGGUGCAGCUGCUCUUGGCCGUUCUGUUGGUCCAGCACGAUCCGGAGUACUGGGGGGACGACGCCGGCGACUUCAACCGGAGAGGUUCGCCGAUGGAAUCUCCAGGGCGUCCAAGAACAAGUCGCCGGCGUCGGAGGCGGCGACGGCCUUCUUGCCCUUCGGCGGCGGGCCUCGCGUUUGCGUCGGCCAGGGCUUCGCCCUGACGGAGGCGAAGAUGGGUCUCGCCUCUAUCCUCCAGAGCUUCUCCUUCGAGCUCUCCCCGUCGUACACCCACGCGCCGACUACGUUCAUCACCCUCCAGCCCCAGCACGGUGCUCAGGUCAUCUUGCGCCGCCUCUGA